UUUUCCUCGUCUUCUCAGCUCUCUCCCGCUUCCGCAGCCUCCUCGUUUGUCGCGCUACCCUCUUCCGCACCCGCCCAAACCUUUCUUUCCUCACCAUGCCCGCGAAGAAAGCAGCUGCUCCGCCGAAGCCCACUUAUGCCGUCAUGGUCGCCGAGUCUAUCAAAGCACUCAACGACCGCACUGGCUCCUCCGUCCAAGCCAUCUCCAAACAUGUCAAGGCUCAGUAUCACAUCGAUAUUAACAAGCCCGCCCUCGUAAAGGCUAUCAAGAAGGGAGUCGAAGCCGGAGACCUUGUGCAGAUUAAGGCUAGCUACAAGCUGAACAAGCUUAAAAAGGCACCCGCCGCGGCCAAGCCGAAGAAGGCCUCCACUGUCACCACCAAGAAGAAGGCCGCUCCUAAGGCUGCCUUGAAGAAGGCGACUACUACAUCCUCAAGGAAGGCAGCACUUAAGCCUAGGAAGGCCAUCUCUAAGACGACAAAAAGGACGUCGACGACAUCCACGAAGAAGGCUGCUGCUAGGAAGGCGGCACCAAAGAAGACCACUUCAAAGAGGAGAGCGGCUGCGAAGAAAUAAUGUGAUAUCCCCUUGCUUCCUGCAAAAAUGUGACCUAUGCCCGCCUAACGUGUGGGGAAUGUCUGUCUUUAUUCUAAGUGAUCAUGAUUGUGUGCAGGCUGGAUGGCAUCGUACAUGGUUUGUAUAUUCGAAGACCAUAAGCUUUGCUUUCUUUGGUUUCCAAGAGUUGCGUGUGCAGUUGUGCGAUGCACUAUGUCACGCCACUUGCAUAGCUUGGUUGGCAUGAGUUGUUCCUCCUGAGCUUACUGAUGGAGUGAUCAGAUUGCCGAGUGCACGCAUGUAUCGUUUAUAUUCUGUGCCUGGGUUGAUGUUUUUAGAUACGAGUGGACUGCCUUUUGACUGUGGGUCGGUUUCAAAAUCAAGCCUUUCAUGUAAAUGUGUGCCGUGAUAAAUUGCCUUUUGAACGUUUUGAACAUGUCUGCAAGCGUAGGACCCAUGUGGAUGAGAAAAGUGGGAAACAACGCAAAUUUGCUCGCAGACGUU